GCAACCGCCACCUCGAGAUACACUGCCUACAAUACCUAGGUACCGGAUUGCCUGCACACGGAUCACUCACUCGUUCUACUGUAUCAUGGAUAUUGUAUAACCUGUUCUAGCCUUCAGUCUUCCUCGAUCGGUUUCACGCGCCACGGCAUCACGAUUGACGAUUGACGACCGCGACCACAAACCACACCACACUGUCCACGAUGGCGGGCUCGGAAGCUCUGGCGCGGCUACGGGAGCAGACGAUGAGCAGUCUAGAGGAUGAGGAGGCAGUCACCGUCAACACUCGCGCUCUCAUCGACAAAGUGCUUGCGCGAUACUCGGGCGAGUGGACAACUCUCAGAGAGCUCAUCCAGAAUGCGGCCGAUGCGCAGGCGCGGAAGGUCACCAUCCGCUUCGAGACAUUGCCGUCUCCGACUGUGCCUCUACCUCAGUCUCCAGACUCUGGGGAGCAUUUGAAACACACGAUACUGCACCACACGCUGAAGACGCUGGUCGUGUCGAACGAUGGCGAGCACUUCAAAGAGACGGACUGGCAGCGGCUCAAGCGGAUUGCGGAGGGCAACCCAGAUGAGACCAAGAUUGGCGCUUUUGGUGUCGGCUUUUACAGUGUGUUUGCGGAUUGCGAAUCUCCAUUCGUGAGUUCCGGAGCCCAGACGAUGGCUUUCUAUUGGAAGAAGGACUCGCUGUUCACGCGGCGAGGCAGGCUGUCAGAUAGCGAAGUGCAAGGUACCACCUUCCUGCUGGACUAUCGAAGUCAGACAACACCUGUUCCGCAACUCCUGAGCAUAUGUCAAUUUCUCGCCACCAGCUUGACAUUCGUUGGCCUAGAGUCCAUCGAGCUAUAUCUAGAUCAAUGGAACAUCCUUACUUUGACCAAGAAGAUGGCUCCCGCUGCAAAUGUCAAGAUCCCAGGUGACGUCGACCCUAAGACGAGAGACGGUCUCAUGAAGAUUACAGAUGUGGAGUAUCAGAACGCACAAAUUGAUGCACGGUGGAUGAACGCAGUAGGCUGGAAUCGCCGGUCACAAUCAUCGACUACCAUAGCUGCACAGGCGCCGACCGAUACUGGAACCAGCUUGCGAUCUUUCUUUGGGAGGAUAACAGGAAGUGCCAUUGCAUCAGCCACUACUCGCAAAGCUCAGCGUGAAGAUGACGCGCUCCAGCAGGCCAUUCUGGAAGAUAUAGCCGGCUGCAGUACCGCUACCGUAUUUCUACGUAUAAGCACUGUCAGCAUCUUGACCAAUGUUAGCCGUCAGCUAUCUGCUGAACUUGAACGUGCCACGAAGAAGCCACCGCCCAAGCGCACCCGGAUCUCAAUCCUCACAUCGUCCUACGACGAAUCUGCCGCGUCAUUGAGCACAUCAUCAGGAGGCUCCUCGAAGAAAGCGGCAGACAUCUUCGCAUCAGUAUUGCCAACGAAAAAUGGCAAGAUCUUCAUCGGCUUUCCGACAGCGCAGACAACUGGACUGCUGGCCCAUAUAUCUGCACCGUCAGUCAUUCCGACUGUUGAGCGUGAGAGCAUAGACUUGAACGCUCGUUAUGUUCGCGACUGGAAUGUAGAGAUGCUUCGUGUGGCCGGGAUCGCUUGUCGAAUAGCAUACACAGGUGACAUGGUGGAGCUUCGGGUCAAGAUUGAGCGAAACAUGGCGGCUGCUGGACGCAGCAAGGUAAACAGCGACGACAUCUCGGCAGUGAUGCCAUCGGCCGUUCAUACGUACAAGCAGUACAACUUCCUGGAAUCCACCCCUUCCUUGAAAGUCGGACAGUACAUAGAAGAAGCGUUCUGGACGUGCAACACAAAAGCCAGCAUCGAUGUGCUCUCUACAAGGGGUGUUCUACCCAGUCAUCAAGUCCGCGUGGCUACAGAAGACCUGAGCUUCGUCGAGGGCAUUCCAGUCAUUCCAGACGAGCUGAUGCACAAGGCGAACGAGUUUUUGACCAAAUUGCGCGACUAUGGCCUUCUUUCCGACAUUACCACGGGUGAUAUCAAAAAGGAAUUGGAAGCGCAGGCUCUUACCGAGAAACAACUGACCGAACUGCUCAAAUGGGCUUGUAACAAGGUAUCCAGACAAGAAAUGGAUUCUGAUGCUGUGCAGAUGCUAUUUGAUGGCACAGUCGCGACCAUCAGUGAAGAGUUCGUAAACUCCUCUGGCAGUCCUGUGCUGCAACUUGGGCAGAUCAGCACCUUUGUGAAUACCGCCAAGAUACCAGUCGAUGUUCCCACGCCGCCACAGACUGCCCCCUUUCGGAUUACGAAAGGACUAGCACCAUCCCAGCUACAGUCGAUUGGUUGGAACGAGCUUCAAGUUGUGCCUUGGCUGCGCUGGAUCGUUGAGAGUGAUGGUAGCGGCUUCGGAGAGACAGAGAGUCUAACGACAAGCCCAACAGUUGCUUCGCAAGUUCUUCCGGUCAUUUCUCGAGGGUGGGAUGCAUUGUCACAGUCAUCCAAGCAGUCUGUGCAAGAAUUACUCAUCCCACGAACUGUGAUACCUACCAAACUUGGAAUGCGAAAGCCUCCACAGGCUUAUUUCGCGAGUGUCAGGCUGUUCGACGAUCUGCCGACCAUCACGGGACUGCAAGGGGUCAAGGAGAAAUUUUUGAACGCGCUUGGCGUCCGCAAAACAGUGGAGCUGAAUGUGGUAUUUGACAGACUCAUGGCCAAAUCUACACCUGGUGCCGCCGAAGAAGGUAAAUGGUCCCAUGUAGAUCUCAUCAAGUACCUGGUCUCGGUGAAGGACGACAUCCCCACCGAAGAUAUGAAGCGUCUCCAGCAGACUCCAAUGUGCCCAGCAGAAGUGCAUAGUGGCGACCAGUCUGUUAAGACCGCAUUGUACCGUCUCUCUGAGCUGUUUGAGCCAGACGACAAGAUUCGACGCUUGACGCUUCCAGUCCUCCAGUGGCCGGGACAGUAUCGUGCCAACACACCAGAGGGUAGAUUUCUCAGGUCGCUCGGGCUACGAACUCACCCGUCUGUGCCGGAUCUCGUGAAGAUACUAGCUAAUGCCGCCGUGGGCAGCGAGCUUCAGAAGAAUGCUAUCGAGUAUUGGAUUGCAAAUGCUUACCAAUUUGGCUACCAGAAGCAUCCUGUCGCGGAAAUUCAUUCUGCCUUCCUCCCGGUCGAGUCACUCCCUGGGGAGAAGCCGAAUAUGGUCGGGAAGCCGUCACAGCUGUAUGCCAAUCCAAAGGCGUCUAUCCUUGGAUUCCGCAUACUGCGCCAAGACCUGGUCCAGCAUCAUGCUCUCUUUGGUGUGGCGAUAGAUCCGCCUAUUGACAAGUGCGCCGAGAAAUUGAUCAAAAGCCCUCCAGCCAAUGCCUCCCAGGCUAAGAUCAUAUUCAGCUACUUUGCGGGCAGACUUGCCGAAAUCGGUCCCAAUGGUAAUCUGGCAGAGAGGCUGAGCAAUGCGCCUAUCGUGCCUGUCGUUGAUGGCACCCGCCGUGAGAAAGCCUCGCAGACGAAAUUCGUCCCGCCGCGCAGCUGUUAUUUGGGCGACGGCGAGACCUAUGGCGACAUCUUUGACUUUGUGGACUUCGGUCACGAGGCGAACACGUUCUUGCUCAGAAUCGGCACAAAGCACGAGCCCAAUGGUUUUGAGCUUGCAAGUAUACUGGUGCGACAGCCUGGCCGACUUCUGGAAACCCUGGGCCAUGAUAAGUACCUCAAUUUGCUCCGCAAACUUGCAGAGAACGCAGCCAAUCUUAAAAAGGACAGAGCGCUGUGGACCGGCUUGAAGAGCUCGUCUUGCUUACUAGCUGAGAAGCUCGUUCGUUCGGGCGAGACCCACGAUGAUGAGAAAGGCGAGCUUGACGAUGAAGAAGCCACCUUCAAGGAAAUUCAUUUGGCGAAGGCAGCCGACAUUGUCAUCGUGGAUGACAUUACUGUCUAUCGACUCUUUCAGGGGAACCUCUUGGCGGCCCCGCAGGAAGAGGUCUUAGAGGCCUUGUACAAUUCUCUGGAGACCCCCUCGCUAAGCCAACUCGUUGAGACUGAUCAACGUAUGGGUGCUCUGCUUCGAGAUCAGACGCCGGGAACGAUUCUGCAGAAGCUCCUAGUUGAGCGCUGCCGGUUAUUUUUGCACGAUCAUCCACCGGAAGUCAUCAGACACGAUGCCAAGUGGCUCGAGCAGAGCAUGACUGUAAAAGUGACGGAGUUCCUGCAGGUUACUCGGAGGCUUAAAGGCUUUAGAGGCCUGCAACACACCGACAAGAAGACGGCUGCCCUGCAUCGCGAAUCCAAGAAGGACGCCACGCUUUUCGUGACAGCCAGAUACGACCUCUACGAGGUCAGUCGAGCAGUCAUGCCUGUGCUACUGAAGAGGCCUAGACAACAGGACUUUCUAGCCCUAGAGACGAUCCUAGAAAGCGAUCUUCGUAGACUAAAGGUCAAGGGCUACAAUGUCGACCGCAUUUUGAGACAGAAAGCUGCCGAGUCCAGGAUUGCCGAGUCGGAGAGGCAGAAGCGCGCCGAGGAGCAGAGACUGCUUGCACAAGCCGAUGCACAGACAAUGCCUCAACAAGCCGAUGCACAGACAAUGCCUCAACAAGCACCAACUGCGAAAAGCAUUGUGCCAUCGCAGCCGCAGCAUGACCCGCAGCCCGAGACCCCUGACAGGACGUUGUCCAUGCCAGGCUCUUUCGCCGACUCACCGGAUCGUCCUAGCUCUUCUGGUAUUAUGAAGCGGCCUAGUGGUAUCUUCAGCAACAUACAGAAAGCUCUCGGUCUAAACGCAGGCACCCAAGCCGCGAGUCAGAUGCAGAAUCCCCUCACGAAUGAUGCACCUCCGCCGUACGAGCACCGCAGUCCUAUGGGACCUCGGAGUGUUACACCUGGUACCGAAGUUGUGACCUCACCUCGUGACAUCAACGAGAAUCUGCGAAAGGCCAUCAAGGCUACGCGCGAGUACAACUCUUCGACAGUAUUCAACCGGCCGCAGACCAACGAGGUCAAAGAAACGACAUCUUACUGCGACAGUAGGCCUGGCCAUGACCUACAGUACACGGCCGAGCUCGGCAAUGGCAUCAAGCUCUACCUCGACCGCUCGCACCAAGACGCCAAUGCCUUCUUGCAAACUCAUCGGGAAGCCAUUGCGCUCUUUGUCUCCAUACUCUCUGAAGUUGCCAAGAUCUUUGAAGUGUCUCCACAGACCGUCCACAUCUAUCAUGACUUAUCGGGUGCUUCCAUUGCUUUCAACAGUAGCGGGAGCAUUUUCUGCAAUCUCCGAUACUUCAUGCAACUCCACAUGCCAGAUAUGGCGAGCCCAGAAGGCAAAGUCGAGGCGCUGGCGUAUUGGUACAUUACUCUGUGCCAUGAGUUGGCCCACAAUCUGGUCAGCAAUCAUGACUCCAACCAUAGCUAUUACACGGAGAGCUUUGCGGCGUAUUACUUCCGACGCAUGGUUUCGCUGGCGGGAAGAGUUUUGGCGCAGCAAGGAUAGGAGGAGACUGUGGCCAGAACGGAGAUGAUCAAUGUUGAUGAUGAUGAUGAUGAUGAUGAUACUGCUACGGUUUGGCCUGAGCCGUCGAUUUUACAUGGGAGAGAAAGGAAGAGGGAUCGGAUAAAGAUUUGGGCUUCUUCUUCAGGAGGAAGAAGGAGGAGUUCAAGAAGCUUGCGAUCCAGAAUCAGUUGGGGGAGAAAUGCGUGAGUUGCUGCCUCGCGAUUCUGAUUUUCGGUGCAUAGGUAGGUAGCCUUGGUUGGGCGCAGCAGAUCAUUAGCAUUGGGACGAGACACACCACGGCUCACCGUUGAUUGAGCCCUGCCUGUUGCAUGUAGAUAGAUAGACACGGUGUAUUAGGCUGUAUUGUAUACCUUACCUAAGGUAAGGUACUUUAUGUACUGCGCAGAAUGAUGCAAUGGACACUAAAGACUGUC